ACGUGAGACGAGAGGUGUGUAAGUCUCUGUGCGAGUCUAACAAAGAGGUGACACCACUGCUCUGUGAUCGUAGGCUCUUAUGAUUAGCUAUAGACUCUCAUUACUGUCGCGCAGUGCUUUCUGCCUUUCCGUUCAUUGAUCAGGUCGAUGAGUUCCUUGACCGCGAAUUUGGCGACUUGAUUGGAAGAGAGAGCUCCUUAACGGCUCCAGCUCCUGCAGCGUUAAGCUACCGGAGGACGAACGGAAUUAUCGGGAACAAUGGCUUCGGCACAGGAGAAGAACAGACAGCUGAUUCAAGAAUUUGUCAAACAACCGGGAAACGACUCUUGCGCGGACUGCGGAGCGCCAGACCCUGACUGGGUGUCGUGUACUCUGGGUGUGUUUCUGUGUCAGGGCUGCUCCCUCAUCCACCGCAGCCUCCCUCACAUCAGCCGCCUCAAGGCCGUACAGGACCCCUCUUGGGACACCGCCGAGGUGGAGUUGGUCACCUUAUUGGGGAACCUCGCGGCCAAAGCCAAGUAUGAACAGAGCGUCCCAGCUUUCUACUACAGACCCAAACACACAGACUGCAGGUUGCUACGGGAGCAGUGGGUGAAGGCCAAGUAUGAGAGGCAGGAGUUCAUGUACAUCGAGAAACAAGAGCCCUAUUCAGCAGGUUACAGGGAGGGGUAUCUAUGGAAACGGGGCCGUGACAACGGGCAGUUCCUGAGCCGCAAGUUCAUCCUAUCAGAGAGAGAGGGAGCACUUAAGUACUACAACAAGCAGGAUGCUAAGGACCCUAAAGCGGUUAUGAAGAUCGAGACUCUCAACGCUACAUUCCAGCCUGCUAAGAUUGGGAACGCCUGUGGCCUGCAGAUCACCUACCUGAAGGACAACAGCACCCGCAACAUCUUUGUGUAUCAUGAAGACGGCAAGGAAAUGGCGGACUGGUUUAAUGCCAUUCGGGCAGCUCGCUUCCAUUAUCACCAGGUGGCUUUCCCUGGAGCCAAUGACACAGAUCUGAUCCCCAAACUCACACGCAACUUUAUGAAGGAAGGCUUCAUGGAGAAAACAGGGCCUAAGCAUACAGAGGGCUUUAAGAAGAGAUGGUUUACCAUGGAUGACAGAAGACUCAUGUACUUCAAAGACCCACUGGAUGCAUUUGCGCGUGGUGAGGUGUUUAUAGGUAGUAAGGAGAACAGCUACACGGUUCUGUCUGGUCUCCCUCCCUCCACCCAAGGCUACCAUUGGCAAUAUGGCAUCACCAUAGUAACGCCAGACAGGAAGUUCCUGUUUGCGUGUGAGACAGAGGCGGAGCAACGGGACUGGAUCGCCGCUUUCCAGAGAGUCGUCAACCGACCUAUGCACCCGCAGGAGUACGCAGUUGAGGCUCAUUUUAAACACAAGCCCUGACACUGCAACCUCAGGGAUGGACCCUCCCAACCACCAAUCCAGAGCCAGACUGAGAGACAACUCCCGCCUCCAACUCGUUCCUUGUCCAAUCAGAGGCCAGGAUGCAGAGCUGUGCAUAGGAGGAAGUCCCUGUCAUCACAACCAACCUCUCCUCACUGUCAUAUUCAGCCAAUCAUUACACACUCCUGUAGCUAUCUGCCCUCUCAUUGGCCAAUUGUAUAAUUAUAAUCCCUCCAGGAUCAGGGUUACCUGUGAAUCUUUGAAUCAGGAGUAUUUUGAUGGGUUGUCAGAAUCCGAUAUCUAAUCUUAUCAUCCAUUAUACGCUUGAAGGAUCGCUGACUGGAGCUGACACCAGCCAGCAGCAGACCCUGGAGACACUGGCCCGCGCUGACACCGCAUGUGGGCUGCAUGUGGGCCGAAAUCAGGCCCAGAUCGGACCCUGCUUCGACCCUGAUCUGACUUUGAUCUGUCCUUGAUCUGGUCCAAGUCUGGCUUGGAUUUGGUCUUGAUCUGAUUUAAAUCUGGUCUUAAUCUGAUCUGGAUCUGGUGGGGAUGUGCCCUGCUCCAGAGUUAGCUGCUAGCUGUCUGUGUGGGCAGAUGUUAUAUUCCUGUGACUGAGCUUAUUUAUUUAACACACCACAGGUCUGUGGACCAAGGCUGCUUUGGGGUGCUGUAAGGUCUCCUCAUGUCUUGUUGGGUGAUGUGUAUGUGUGUGUGUGUGUGUGUGUGUGUGUGUGUGUGUGUGUGUCUGAUCUCUCUGUUAUCAUGUUGUUUAAUAAAAACAGACUUAUCUCCCUGUC